GCUCCUCAGAGCUUCCUGUCUCUCCAGCGCUUUUACUUUUCAAUUUCCAGGACUCAAAUUCACUGCCAUGUCUUCUGAAGAAGGGAAGCUGUUCGUGGGAGGACUCAACUUCAAUACUGAUGAGCAGGCGCUGGAAGACCACUUCAGCAGCUUUGGGCCUAUUUCUGAGGUGGUUGUUGUCAAGGACCGGGAGACUCAGCGAUCCCGGGGUUUUGGCUUCAUCACCUUCACCAAUCCAGAACAUGCCUCAGAUGCCAUGAAAGCCAUGAAUGGAGAGUCCCUGGAUGGUCGGCAGAUCCGGGUGGACCAUGCAGGCAAGUCUGCCCGGGGCACCAGAGGGGGUGCCUUUGGGGCCCAUGGGCGUGGUCGCAGCUACUCUAGAGGUGGUGGGGACCAGGGCUAUGGGAGUGGCCGGUAUGACAGUCGAUCUGGAGGAUAUGGAUAUGGAUACGGACGGUCCCGAGACUAUAGUGGCAGAAGCCAGGGUGGCUAUGACCGCUACUCAGGAGGAAAUUAUCGAGACAAUUAUGACAACUGAGUUGAGGCAUGCACACGUUAAGUACAUACACAAGGAAUAACACUUCUGAUCCA